CCCCUACGCUCUUCAACCUUCAGGCCCCUCCCCUGCUCCAAAAGAUUAAACAAAAUUUCAACUUACCACAGUAACAUGGGGUGGUAUCUGCAACUUUUCUCUUUUUUCCCAUUAGGUUCGUCGUUGAUAUAAUUUGCCUCUCUGGCCUCUGCCAUUGGAUCGUCGUCUUGGGUUCUCCGAUCCCCUUUACUUCCUUUUCUUCUUUGACAUAGAGAUGCAAAACCUCAUUCUUGUUCUAAAAUAACUUUUUUAUUGGGGGAAGAUGGGGAAUAUAUUCGUGAAGAAACCGAAGAUCACCGAAGUGGAUAAAGCAAUUCUCUCUUUAAAGACUCAAAGGCGUAAGCUUGCCCAAUAUCAGCAACAGCUAGAAGCUGUCAUUGAAGCUGAGAAACAAGCUGCAAAGGACUUGCUACGCGAAAAGAAGAAAGAUAGGGCCCUUUUAGCAUUAAAGAAGAAGAAAGUUCAAGAAGAAUUAUUAAAGCAAGUUGAUGUCUGGCUCAUAAAUGUUGAGCAGCAAUUGGCAGAUAUUGAACUGACAAGCAAGCAGAAGGCUGUCUUUGAGAGUUUGAAAACUGGAAAUAAUGCAAUCAAAGCAAUACAAAGUGAGAUCAACCUAGAGGAUGUUCAGAAGUUAAUGGAUGAUACUGCAGAGGCAAAAGCUUAUCAAGAUGAAGUGAAUGCUAUUCUGGGAGAGAAGCUAUCUGCUGAAGAUGAAGAGGAAGUUUUAGCAGAAUUUGAGGAUCUGGAAUCUCAGUUAAAACUUCAAGAUCUGCCAGAGGUUCCUUCUACAGUACCUUUUGCUGAGAAUGUUGAAGAUAAACUGGAUCUACCUGACGUACCAACUAAAGCACCAGUCAUCACGGAAGCUGUUAUGGAGGACGCGCAAGAUACUUCAGCUAGCGUGGUUGUGCAAAAGAAAGUUCUGGAGGAACCAAUACCUGCUUGAUUCCAGCGCAACUUGGUUGCUUCAUAUGUCAUGUUUGGUAAUUUUUCGAAAAGUGUGUCAAGUUUCAGGAUGCUAUAAAAGUAUUCGAUGUUUAAAAUUUGUAAUUUUUCAAAAGAUCCUAUCAUAUCUCCUGUGACUUGUGCAAAUUGUGGUUCUGGGGUCAUGUACAAGAUUUCAGAUUUGUACCGUGCUCUUGUGCGUUGCUGACUCGUACGAAGUCAUUUAUUUACCAUUAUCUUCAUGCUCAUGUC